GCAGAGAAACGGCUCUGAGUUUGCAGAUCAGGUCUCAUUGAGUUCAGACCGCGACGCUGUUCGGAUCCACAUCAGACCACCAUGAGGUCUUUCGCUGUCUUUCUGUGUCUGGUUCCGGUUCUGUCGCUGCCCUCGGUCCUCCCGCUCCGGUUCUCGGCGGGUCCUGGCUGCGGGCCGUGUGACCCGUCUCAGUGCGCUCCUCUCCCGGCGGAGGGCUGCCCCGCAGGCUCUCUGCGGGACUCCUGCGGCUGCUGCUCCGUGUGCGCUGCCGCAGAGGGAGAGCUGUGCGGCGGCCGCCGCGCGGCAGCGCGCCGCUGCGGCUCCGGACUGGAAUGCGUCAAAAGCGACGCGGACAAGAAGAACAAGCUGGGCGUCUGCACCUGCAAGAGCAACCACCAGGUGUGUGGGACAGACGGAGUGACGUACAGGAACGGCUGCGCACUGAAGAGCGCCAGCCUGACAGCACAGACUGAGGGCAAAGAACCCAUCAACAUCCAGAACAAAGGCCGCUGCCCCACAGCUCCGCUCAUCGUCACUCCUCCAGGUGAGGUCUACAAUGUGAGCGGCUCUCAGGUGUACCUGAGCUGUGAGGCGGUGGGCGUGCCCACACCUGUCCUCACCUGGAAGAGGGUCCUCAGUGGGAAGAAGAGGAUGGAGCUUCUUCCUGGAGACAGAGACAACUUGGCGAUUCAGACGAGAGGAGGACCAGAGAAGCAUGAAGUGACCGGCUGGGUGCUGAUCUCCCCUCUGACCAAAGACGAAGAAGGAUCCUACGAGUGUCACGCCGCCAACUCCCAAGGAGAAGCUUCAGCUGUCGGCGCCAUUCACCUGGUCGAGUCCAUCGACGACAUCAUCAUCAAGAAAGUGAUGAAGGAAGAUGAGCUGUGAUCAGCUGAUCAGAGAUCGGUGAAGACGAUCAGCUGAAGAUGAUCUGACAUCUUUUCUUCAUCUCUUUUAUUGUAGUUCUGAAUUUAAACUGUAGUUUCUAUCAUUUAGAUUUUAAUCAUCUUUAUUAUCUUUUUCUCUUCUGAGCAGAUAAACUGAAAUCAGUCAGGCUUUUAUUUUGGACUUUGGAUAGCUGUAGGUAACCAUAGCAACAGUAUUGACGCACAAAAUAAAACUAUUGCUCGUCAGUGUGAGUAUUAAACUUUCUUCAGUUUGUUUGUUUGUGGAAACUGAAAUUCUAGUUUCUGUUUUUGUCUGAAUAAAACCUAUAAAAAUG